AUGUCGAUAGUGGGACAUGAUAUCGUGAAAAGCGAUGCACUGUUGGCCAAUUUUCGUCACUACAUACAGGCAACACAUCAAAUUCUGAUCCAGAUGUCGCCCGGCCAUAAGCGAAGUUUCGUGCCGCAAAAUAUGCUCAAACAGCGUCCAGGCACGCUGUCGGCCUUUCUCAUCCAAGCGUACCCGUUCGCAGAGAUCGCGUAA